GUCGACUUGCCGCCCUCGUCUCAAAGCGUCUCGCUGCACCGCUCUGCUUCUCUCAAAGUCACACAACCUUCUCUCUGCUUUCUCACAUAUCCACCAGUUCACCUUUUGCCUCUACCCUUCUCUCCUUCUCCCUCUCUCUCUCUCUCUCUCUCUCUCUCACACCCUCUACCUCUGCAACGGGCUCGGCUUUUCCUUUUAAAAAAGAUCUUUUUCACAGCGGGUUGUUGUCCGAGCUCCGAAAGGUAAAGGGUAACGGACGACUUUGCAGCCUGUUGGCGUUUCUGCGAUCGCCAGGUGAGAGGCAUGUGUUGGGUGUCUUCCUUACUGCUGCUGGGGAGCUGUCUCCUGGUGCUGGCGCCCGCGGCCCAGGCAGCCCCGGCGACAUGCCCCAGCCAGUGCCACUGCCACGGGGACCUCCAGCACGUCAUCUGCGACAACGUGGGCCUGAAGAAGAUCCCCCGGGUGUCGGAGGCCACCAAGCUGCUCAACAUGCAGAGAAACCCCCUGGGCAGCCUGCCCUCGGGCUCCUUCAGCGAGAGCACGGGCCUGGUGUCGCUGCACCUGCAGCACUGUCAGAUCCGCGAGGUCGCCGGCCAGGCCUUCAAGGGGCUCAAGAAGCUCGUCUACCUCUACCUGUCCAACAACGACAUCGCCAGCAUCAAGCCCGGCGCCUUCGAAGACCUGGCGGAGCUCACCUACCUCUACCUGGACGGCAACCGCAUCGCCGACCUGCCCAAGGGCGUGUUCGCGCCCAUGGUCAACCUGUUCAUCCUGCAGCUCAACGACAACCGGCUCCAGGAGAUCCGGCCGGGGACCUUCACGGGGGCCAAGGACCUGCGGUGGCUGCACAUGAGCGGCAACCAGCUGAGCGCCCUACAGCCGGGCUCUCUGGACGACGUGGAGAACCUGGCCAUCCUGCACCUGGACCGGAACAGGCUGACCUCCUACCCCCUCGCCGCCAUGAGCAAGCUGAGGGUGGUGGAGGAGCUCACGCUGGGCAGGAACCCCAUGAGGAACAUCCCGGACCUGGCCUUCCAGAGCUUCGGACGCUACAUGGAGAGGCUGCACCUGGAUAACAUGGGUCUGAUGAAGUUCUCAGACGGUGCGUUCACCGGCGUGACGGCGGUCAAGUCCCUGCACCUGGAGGGCAACAAGCUGAGGUCCCUGCCACGGAGCCUGGAGUUCAGCACCCUCACCAACCUCACCCUGGCCCAGAACCCCUGGACCUGCUCCUGCACCCUGGCCCCGCUCCGACGGUGGAUGGAUUCCAGUCGCAUCCGCCCAGACGCCCUGUGUGCUUCACCAGUGCUGCAGAAAGGCAAGCAGGUCAGAGACAGCAGCGCCUUCAGCGGCUGCAAAGUCAAGACCAAGAAGGCCAAGAAGGACACAGAGCCCCAAUUGAACAGGCUACGCUGAGGGGCGGUCAGGUGACCCGCCACGCUCGAAAGAACGCUACGCGAGAUGUGCUGCAAGACCAACACACACACUCACACACACAAACACACUCACUCACACGCACACACACGCACACACUCACACACACACACACACACACACACACACACACACACACACACACACACACACACACACACACACACACACACACACACACACACACACACACACUCACACACUCAAAUGCGGCAACGCGUGUUAAUGUUCGCACACUCAUGAACUUACAGAAACACCCAAACAAACUAAAAAUACUUAAUGCUUUAAUAUACAAACUAUAAGAUUCAAUAAAAACAUGUUUUAUAUAGAAGCGGCGAUCAGUCAAAGAGUUUCUUCAGUUGCGAGUUGUUUGAAACAACGUCAUUCCUAUGAGAGCAAGGUUAAUGCAAAAGUAUGUGAUACAUGCGUGCUACACCGAAUUCUUACGAGUUUCAAUAAAACUAAAAGUUGAAAUAUCAAAAAAAAUAUAUAUAUAUGUUUAUACCACGUUCAUUUCCCUCUCCAGAUCCUAAUGAGAUUAACAUUACUUAUUACUGGUGAGACAGCUUUUGGAACAACUCGAACAAAAAGUUCCAUUUUAUACUGCGUGACAUGGCAUUGAUUUAAGUCCCUUUUACUUUCAGUGCAUUGGCAAUGACUAUAAACUGCACAUACCGCAGAGAAAACAGAACUGUAUCCAAAAAUCCAUCUCCUUUCAUUUAUUUUUUGUCAUGUCAAGUCAUUUGUGAAACUUCUUACUGCUAACAUCCUUAGGCAGCCAUGUUCGUUUUCCCUUGGUACCUCCAAUUGGAGCCCAGCUUGACCCCAUCACACCCCACGACCCCUGACCCCUCCUCUGGCCUCCAUGUGGGUCACUUCAUUCCCCACCAGCCUCUAGGGAACUAACACACUCCUGCUACUUAUUGAGGAUCAGUCUACACCACACGGCCUCGGGAAAAUAGAGGUUUUUGUCCUGAGGUGAACCGUACAACUAGCAGGUGUAGAUGUAUGAUGGGCUCGGGGUCCCAUGGUUUUAACAUGACAUUCACAAUAAGGGCAUUUAGCAGAUGCUUUUAUCCAAAGCGACUCACUUAAGUGCAUUUGUUAGGUGAAGGGUCACAACAAUGUAUCGCUGUUGGCACAGUAAAGAUAUUGUUAUUGAAAUGGCUAGGUUAACCUAGCCGCACAUUCCCCGUAUACCACCAAGAUAGCUAGGAAAAUACGCUCCAUAAUGCCAAGUACUUGUUUUAAGUGCCAGGAUGUACACCAUACAAUAAGUGUGUGCAUUAAGUGUUUUUAGGAGAGCAAGGAGGGGCGGUUGUGGGUAAGGGAGGAGGCUAUGCAGAGUCAAGGGGAACAUUGGGUCAGUGCUGGGAUAUGAGGAGACUAUCUGUAGGCUGGAAGCAGCAUCCAGCCUACAGAUAGUCUUCACAUAGUCCUACUUUGGGACUUAUGAGCAAGUUGUGUGAGGACUCCCACAGCUGAACCAUUGGUUUGGAGGCUGUUUAGUUUAGCAUCAUCAUAUUAAGUUGAUAUUUACUGAAACAAAUUCGAGUUGGUUAUCUUUAUGCUAUGCUCGGUGCCAUUGUGUUUUUGUCAUAUUCACUAACCUUUUUAUAUCUCAAAUAUUCGAUUAAUUAUUAAAAAAAUAAUUAAGAAUUAUGGACCAAAUAUUAAGGGUUGAUAUGUCAUGUGUUAAAUGUGGAGAGAUUUCUGAUGCACAAAAACCUUCUUUGCAGUUUCCUUGACUUUGGGGAGUGAUAAUUGCUCACAUCAAAUAAUAAAAGCUUCCAAAACUGA